AUGUUACCAAACCUCCUUGAGGCGUAUGAUAUUCCAGAUCAAUUUUCGAGUUGGUUUUCUUUUUUGCCUUGCUUGUCAUGCUGGUGCGUUGUUGGUGGUAGUUUUAUGUGUCAUGGAUCUAUGACAUGUGAAUACGUUCACUUGUCAAAAAUUUUGCAUGCUUUGUUGGAAUUGUGUGAUACUUUAUUUGUUAGAGUUAG